UGUAAGGUCGUUUAUAAUGCGUACAUGCAGUAAUCAGCAGUUGGCAAUUAAGCAAACGUAAAUUUCCAUUGGGUAUCUAUAAAUGUCGUAUCAGUUGCGUGGUAUACGGUCACGAUCAGGGGUAUUCUACGUAACACAUUCAUAUGCAAUUAAUUUUCCAUAAACAAUAAUAAUUAAGGCAAGUUAAAAUGGUGGAUAUCUGUAUUCAUACACUAUACGCAUACAAAUAACCAUGAGUUUCUUGCUGACCUUGCGGGAAUAUCUUCGGCACUUCGCUGUGUUUUCCUCAAGUCUUGGUUCCAUUCAAGUUUAAGCAAUGACCAUACUCGCUGAUAUAGGUUUAGCUGUGUGCAUUGUAGUGUUAGUGUUGUGGUUAACGCGACAAUUUAACAAAAAUAAAGAAUAUUACAAAGACAUUCCAGGACCACCACCGCUUCCUAUUUUAGGCAAUGCUUUAGAAUUCGGUUCAACAACAGAACUGUUGCACACUUUACAUAAGUAUGAGAGAAAAUACGGAGAAAUAUACAAAAUACAAAUUGGUCCAGUACGUAAAUUCCUAAUAGUAUCUGACUACAAAUUUUUAGAAUGUAUUUUGAGCAGCAUAAAACUAUUAACUAAAUCCGAUGAUUAUUAUUUCUUGAAACCUUGGUUGGGAACCGGUUUGUUAACUAGCGAUGGGGUAAAAUGGAAAAAACAUAGGAAAAUUUUAACACCCGCUUUUCAUUUUCAAAUUUUAGAGGACUUUAUUGGUGUAUUUGAAACAUGUGGCACAAAGUUAGUGGAAAAGUUACAAGGAGAAAUAGGAAAAUCAACUGUUGAUGUUUAUCCUUACGUAACUUUAUGUACUUUGGACAUAAUUUGCGAGAGUACAAUGGGAGUGACGAUAAACGCUCAAGAUGAUGACCAGUCUGAAUAUGUCCAAAGCGUUAAAGCUAUGACACGCAUUCUUGUCGAAAGAAGUCUCUCCCCACUGCAGAUGUACGAUUUCCUAUAUCCUUUGACGAAAAACUAUUACUCACAAAAAAAAGCAUUGAAAAUUUUACAUGAAAAAUCGAAUACUAUUAUUACACAAAAAUUAGAAAAGUUACAAAAUAAAGAGACCAAUACGGUCGAAGAUGAUGAAUUCGAAAUUAAGAAACGAAAAACUUUUUUGGAUAUACUUUUGAGCGCACAAGUAGAUGGAAGACCUCUAACUCAAGAAGAAAUAAGAGAAGAAGUAGAUACUUUUAUGUUUGAAGGCCACGAUACUACAGCGUCAGCAAUAAGUUUCACAUUAUUCUGUUUAGCAAAUCAUGAGCACGUUCAGGAAAAAGUAUUUAUCGAACAACAGGAAAUAUUUAAUAGUAAACAACAAUCUGCUACUACGUAUGCAGAUUUACAAAAUAUGAAAUAUUUGGAGCAAGUUAUUAAGGAAAGUUUGAGAUUAUAUCCAUCGGUGCCUUUAUAUGGUAGGGAAACGUCGGACGAAGUGGACUAUGAUGGCAUUAAGGUCCCUCAGGGGGAUACAUUUAUGAUAUUUGCCUAUGGUAUUCACAGAAAUCCCAAGUACUUUAAAAACCCUGAAAUGUUUGAUCCUGACAGAUUUGCUGAUAUAGAUGGAAAAUUACCCUAUGCCUAUAUACCAUUUAGUGCUGGACCUAGGAACUGUAUUGGCCAAAAGUUCGCAAUGCUGGAAAUGAAAUGCACAAUUUCCAAAAUACUUCGGAAAUUCAAGUUAAAACCGUCUACUCCAGAACAUACUUUGAUAUUGGCUGCGGAGUCAGUGUUGAAAUCAGCAAAUGGUGUAAAAAUUAGUUUAGAUUUAAGGCAGUAGCAUUUUUAAAAAGGAAGUAAAAAUUUGUAAUGGGCAUGGGAUUUUGUACACAUUCUUUUUAUUAAGGUACCUUUGUUGACUUAGGAAGUUUAUAUGGCUGAUACAUAUAUAAAUGAUUCCUUUGUUAAAAUAUUAUUUAUUUAAUUGUUGCAAUAUUUUGUAAUAAGUAUAAUCACUUCAACAAACUAGCAAAAUUAAGACGAACAAGGAGUAAUUGUAUAGAUUUAAAAAAAUAUCCUAAUCACAUUAUUCAAGCUACAAAAAAUUGAUAGACGUUAGAUUUUUGUUAAUUUUGGGUCUUUUUAAAAAUUACUACAUUUUUUAAAUAAGUCUCAGUAAUUUUGCUGUCUUUAAAAUUAGGUGAGCACGCGGAAACUGUUCAUCAUCAAUAAAUUUUGUUUUUGAAGUAGGCAUAAAAAUUUCAAAAACAUUUUGAUAUUUUAACAAAUUUUGAUAAUCAGUCUCUUUAAGGUAUUUUCUGUGUAUAAAUAGAGAACACGUAGACAAAUAAACUUAAAUUGUCACCAGUGAAUAAUUUAGAUUCGUCAGUCAACCGAAAAAAUUGUAAAAUUAUUUCAUGACGAAUUCUGCACCACACAUCCUCAUUUGUUAAUGAUCUAAUGUUUUUUUUUAAUAUUUAAUUUGCAUUAUUCUUCUUGUUCAAGAAUAAACUCACACUAGGUAUACGUUCGGGUUUUAAAUUUACAGUUAUAUUCAUUUACAUAUGUAAUUAAUAAUUUUACGAUUAAUUAGCACAGAUCUAACACAGGAAAAUGAAAUUCAGGACAUAAUAUUCUAUUUAAAUAAUAAAGGUAGCUGAAAAAUUUAAAAUAGGCAAAAUUAUAUUAUAUAUUCUUGAAGAUAAAAAUUUAUGACAAUUUUUACAAGAUUUUUUGAGAUAAAAUCGAAGCGGAUAAUUUGUUUUUUUAUCAUGAUUUUAUACAAGAUGUUAUGUGAUAAUUUCAAAAGAAUAUUGACUGGAAAAUGAUCAUCAUCAUCUAAGAAAUUAUCAGAAGGGCACCCAAGUUGAUUGGAGAAACAUCUCGAAGUAAAUAUGAAACAAACGUCAGCAGAAUAUUAUAUACCAGAUUUCCAACACAGAUUGAAUACAGUAUUCAUAUAAGAAAUUACUUGAAGAUUUUUUAUGACAAUUCCAAGAUAUAGUUGAGUGUGAUAUUUCAGUUAAAUAAUCAAAAGAUAAAAUAAAUAAUCAAUAGAUUUCAUUAGCGAAUUCAGAUCCAAAAUUGAUUACAUAUUUUAGAACAAAAGGAAUAUCCCAAAAUUGUCAAAACAAAGUUAUAAAGUAUUUAUUUGUUGUACAAUUAUAAAUAAUGUUUUUAUUUUUAAGUUUUUCACAUCCAUACCAUCAUGCGAUGUAGAACUUAACGUACUUGGAAAUGAUGAGUUGGCAAAAAUAAAACAACAGCGUCAGAAAAGCAUAAUUUAAAUACUGUUUGAGUUUUCUUGCUUACUUACCAUGCAAGUCACCUAAUUAUAUAAUAAGGUAGUCCGUUGUCUUUCCAUAAAAAAGUUGUAUAAUGAUACUCCUAAUAUUAGUUUGAAAAUGAAUCUGGUUGGAAGCGAACAUUUUUAAUGUAGUAAAAAUGUUAGCAAAUAUCUUUUCGAAACUGUUUUGUAUAUCUUAACACUUUCAUCAAACAAAUAUCAAAAAAAAAGCAUAAUAACUAAUAAUAAUAAACAUUUGCUAAAAUAUUAAUUUAUAUGUCUGAUUUUUUAUAUUGUCAUUAUCGAAUUAUUUUUCGUCUUCCAGUAUUAAGUAGAGUAUGUUUGAUCUAAAGAUCCGAAUUUAAAUAGAAAAAAAUGGACCUAGUUUAUUCACUGAUAAUUUAACAACUUUAUUUGUUUACGCGUUCUCUGUAUAUUUAAAGAAACGUUUUUGAAGAAACUGAAAAUCAAAAUUUGUUAAAGUAUCCAUCAGUCCUCACAAUUUUAUCAGACUUAAAAAAAGGAAUUUAUUCAUGGUGGAACUGUUUCCACAGUACGGACCCUAACUUCAAAGAGACCUAAAUUACUCUGAUUUAUUUAAGAACUCUAUUAAUUGUUAAAACAGGUCGAAAUUAAAUACAAUCCAGGAAAAUAAAAAAAAUCUACACGAAUACUUCUUGAACUACAACUGGUAUUCACAUUCUUCUCACAUAUUGUAUUUGCCAUUUCUAUUGAAAUAGCACCUGUUGAUUUUGUUUAAAAUUUAGCAAUUGGUAUCAGCUUUCAGUUGAUUGACGACGGCUUUUAGUUAGAAAAUUGUCUGAAUAUGAACGUUGCCAAAUUUACGAUUAACAAGUGGUGUUUCAAUAGAAAUGGCAAAGGCUAUAGUUCAUAAUUUUGUUAAAAUUAAUUGUUUAGAGGUUGUACAUAUCUGUUAAUGGUUUUGUUAUGAUUUGCUAUUAGGUUUAGAUUUAUUUUUGUUAUCUACUUUAUGUAUUUAGGUAAUAUUUAAAACCAAACUUGUUUAUUUAUUUAUGGCCUUUUUG